ACCAACAUGACAUGACGUCGUCGCAAGCACAGAGGUGUGCUCGAGUAGACUAUUCACGAUGUCCAAUGCAGCCGGCGAACGCAAAGUCUCGGCCUCCCUGAGCCGCAGCGCCAGAGGAACCACGCCGCGCAUCGCAGACCUCGCUUCCACGCCCGAGGCGCCGCGAACCCCCCUCCUACGCUCCAUAUCCUCCACCUUUGGCUCGCCUGGCGGCAGCUUCCGCACAGAGGAUGAAUAUGUCGUGAUCGAAAUCGGCGCCCGCUUUGUGCGCGGCGGCUUCCCAGGCGAAAGCGCCCCUCGAUGCACUCUACCCUUCGGGCCUGAUGAGCAGCGCAGAGUGGGCGACUACCGGCAAUGGGAUCCAGAGUACGCACAGAAGAGGAGAAAAGGGAAUGUGGGAAGCAACUGGGGGCGCGAGCAUGAGUUGUAUAGCGUGGAUCUGAGGGACGUGGAUCUGGGGCUGGUAGAGGACAAGUUUGAAAGAGCUAUGAGGGACAUGUACACCAAGUACUUCCUGCUAGAUACCAAGCCGCGAAGAAUAUUGCUCGCUAUGCCGCCGAAUAUCCCGCAUGCGCUCCUGUCCACCUUUUUGGAUAGUUUAUUCACGAGCUUCCAAGCCCCGAGCAUCACACUCAUGUCGACCCCUGUUUUAUCGACAGUUGCAGCAGGACUACGGUCAGCGCUGGUCAUCGACAUCGGCUGGGCAGAAACACUCGUCACAGCCGUCUGCGAGUACCGCGAAGUGCAAGAGAAGCGCAGUGUCCGAGCCGGCAAGGCCCUUGGGCAAGAGAUGGCUAGGCUGCUUAACACCGAGCUGGAUGACAACGCGGAUACUGGCGCGCCAAAGGCAGACAUAUCGUUCGAAGAAGCAGAAGAAGCGCUCACCCGCGUUGGCUGGUGUAAGCCACAAACAAAAUCAAACCGGAGGACCAUGUAUUUUCCGGCACGUGAAGCACCCGUGUUUGAAGAGUUCGAAGACGCGGUCGAGUCACCGCCUCCUACCGUCACCAUACCCUUUCCCAAACACACUCCUCCAACCGAGGUCAGGAUACCGUUUGCAUCUCUCGCCAAGCCCGCUGAAGACGCCCUCUUUGCACCAGACUUAGCACUCAGCGAUUUCGACGACGAGGACCUUCCCAUACACCAUCUCAUAUACCGAACACUCGUCUCCCUGCCCGUCGAUGUUAGAAGACUAUGCAUGUCCCGCAUAGUUAUUACAGGCGGUGUAUCCGCACUCCCUGGGCUAAAGACUCGCAUUUUGAAGGAACUUGACGUCCUGGUGCAAAUCAGAGGCUGGGACCCCGUAAAAAGCUACGGGAGAGCAAGCGCACGGCACGAAGAGAAAUUACUAAACCAGCGAGAGGAUGCUGAGCUGAGACGGAAAGAGGGUCAAGACACGAUACCCUCCUCUAUGGACAAUUCUGUCCCACUUUCCGUUGGUCUUCAGAUUCCGGAAGAAGAUCCGACAGAUAUCAAACUGGCAAAUCUCAGCCUUCGCAAUGGUCCGCCGCGCGAAUGCUCUGUCGGUGGCGUCAUUAGGGGCGUAGAGACAUUGGGUGCUUGGGCGGGUGCAAGUCUUGUUGCGCAGCAGCGAGUUAAGGGUAUUGUAGAGAUUGAGCGGGAGCGCUAUCUCAAAGAGGGGUUGUUAGGGGCGUCGAGGGAGAAGGAGGUCUCCGUCAUCCAGCAGCGACAGAGUAUGGGACCUGGAAUGGCGAUGAAGGGUGGGGAGAGAGCUAGCUGGACGUUGGGUGUGUGGGCAUGAUCGAUAGAUGAACCUUUGAAGAGCAUGGCUAUUCCCUGAUGGAAGCCCUCGAAGAGCAUUUGAGCGAUUCAGCGUUACAUCUGAUAUCAUUUUCGUUUUAUACCCAUGAGAUUAGCGAAACACGUUAGUUCUUGGUCUCUUUCGUGCUAUUAUCUUUUCUUCUCUCGUUUCCUAUGUCCAUAAUAUCAUUUCCUACAUCGAAACCAUCGCAUGUUAUUUCAGUCAGUUAGGAUUACACAAAUCUGUGGCUGCACUAGUACAAGUGUACUCGUGGUGAGUUGCUGUACUAGCUCGCGAUAGCGUACUGAUCUUGUAGAUUUAGCCGCAAAUCCGCAUCUUGAGACUCAGGCUGUCGGGCAAUUGUCAAUCUAGAACAGUGUAUACAUUCAAGACGAGAAUGACGAGAUGUCAGAGCCG